UUGAAAAGUUCUGAGGAUCAAUCAAUCUUCCGCAGUCUCUCCAUUUCUCCUUCCUCGCAAGAGAUCGACGGAUUUGCAACUUUCUCUUUUGUGUUUGAGCAGAUAAAAAAAGAUCGGAAAUGGAAUCGGCAGCUAGACGAGGCGGCGGAGUAUGGGAAGGGAUGUACAGACUGAUUAUGCGACGCACUCCUGUCUACGUUACAUUCGUCGUCGUCGGCGCUUUCCUCGGUGAACGCGCUGUGGAUCGUGGGAUUCGUAGUCUGUGGGACCACAUCAACGUUGGGAAACGAUACGAGGAUAUCCCAGUUUUGGGACAGAGACAAUCUGAAGAAUGAAGUACGACUGUCACAAAUCGCACCGGACUUGUCUUUUCCAUAGAUUCAAAGAUACAUUUUGAGGUUUAAUAAUUGUUACCUUGUUUGUGCUUGCAUGCUGUGAGCCUGUGGUUUCUUUAGACUGUAAGAACAGGUGAAUUUGCAGUUUGUAGCUUUUUGCUUUACAGUCCGAUAAAUUUUAAGACGUGAGAUGAUUUGAUCAUUCUGGACGUCCAAUCUCGACUCCAGAUGAAAUAUUUUAUUGAACAGCGUUUGAUGCUGCCAAAACCACAUCUGGGUUAAAAUCCAGAAAUUUUAAAAUAAAAGCAGGGGUGUUCCUAAUUUUUCUUGAA